CCUAGUCACCCUAGUCAUCCUAGUCAUCCUCUUCACCCCAGUCACCCCUGUCACCCUAGCUACCCCAGUCAUUCUAAUCACCCCAGUUAUCCUAGUCAUCUUAGUCACCCUAGUUACCCGAGUCAUCCACCCCAGCCAUCCUAGUCAAUCCAGUCACCCAUGUCAGUCUAGUCACCACAGUCAUCCUAGUCACCCUAGUCUCCCUAGUCUUCCCAGUCAUCUUAGUCAUCAUAUUCACCCUUGUCAUCCUAGUCAUCCUAGUCACCCCAGUCAUCCACAGUCACCAAAGUCAUCCUAGUUAUUCUAGUCAUCAUAUUCCCCCUAGUCAUCCUAGUCACCACAGUCAUCAUUGUCACCCUAGUCACGCUGGUCAUCCUAGUCACUCCAGUCAUCCUAGUGUCCCUAGUCAUCCCAGUCAUACUAGUCAUCAUAUUCACCCUAAUCAUCCCAAGCUGAAGCAUCCUAGUCAUCCUAGUCACCCGAGUCACCCUGUCAUCCUAGUCAUCCUAGUCACCCUAGUCACCCUAUCAUCCUAGUCACCCAGCUAGUCAUCCUAGUCACUCUAGUCACCCUCGACACCCCAGUCAUGCUACAAUGAGGGACAAAGGUGUUGACACACUACCAUAAAAUGGCCCCUUUUUGCAUAGUGGAUAUACUUAUCCCCUUCCCCUGUCUACCCCAAUCCCUUCCCCCCAAAAUCAAUGUUGAAUUUUGGACCCUCAAGUCUUUUUUUUCCUUCAGACAACACUGAUUCGGGGGGUGAGGGGAUUUACGGCCUUUAAAAGGAAUGAAAUAAUAAGUGAAUUAAAUGUUUGUUAAAAGCACCCAUUUUAAACAAGUGUGUCAACUACUUUUGUCCCUGAUUAUAGUCACCCCAGUCACCCUAGUCACUCUAGUCACCCUAGUCACCCUAGUCAUCCUCAUCACCCUGGUCACCCCUGUCACCCUAGCUACCCCAGUCAUUCUAGUCACCCUAGUUACCCGAGUCAUCCACCCCAGUCAUCCUAGUCAAGCCAGUCACCCCUGUCAUCCUAGUCACCCCUGUCAUCCUAGUCACCCCAGUCAUCCUAGUCACACUAGUCAUCCUAGUCUCCCUAGUCAUCCUAGUCAUCUUAGUCGUCAUAUUCACCCUUGUCAUCCUAGUCAUCCUAGUCACCCCAGUCAUCCACCCAGGUCAUCCUAGUCACACAAGGAACCCUAGUCACCAUAGUCAUCCUUGUUACCUCAGUCAUCCAGUCACCCCAGUCACCCUAGUCAAUCUAUUCACCCUAGUCACCCCAGUCAUCCUAGUUACCCUAGUCACUCUAGUCAUCCAAGUCACCCCAGUCUAGUCACCCUGAUCACCCCUGUCAUCCUAGUCAGCCCAGUCAUUUUAGUCACCCUUAUCACCCUAGUCAUCCUAGUCACCCCUGUCACCCCUACCAUCCUAGUCACCCUGGUCAUCCUAGUUAUCCUAGUCACCCUGGUCAUCCUAGUUAUCCUAGUCACCCUAGUCAUCCUAGUUAUCCUAGUCACCCUGGUCACCCCUACCAUCCUAGUCACCCUCAUCAUCACUGGUAUCCUAGUUAUCGUAGUCACCCCUCUCAUCCUAGUCACCCAAGUCAUUCUAGUCACCCUAGUCAUCCUAGUUAUGCCGGUCACCCCCAUCAUCCUGGUCACCUUAGUCAUUCUAGUCGCCUUAGUCGUCCUUGUCAUCCUAGUCAUCUUAGCCACCCCAGUAACCCUAAUCAUCCUAGUCACCCUAUACUAGUCACCCCAGUCAUUCUAGUCACUUUAGUCAUCCACCCCAGUCAUUCUAGUCAUCCUAGUUACCCUAAUCACCCCAGUCACUCACUCUAGUCAUCCACCCCAGUCAUCCUAGUCAUCCCAGUCAUCCUAGUCACCCUAGUCAUCAUAAAUUAUUCACCCUAGCCAUCCUUGUCAUCCUAGUCACCCCAGUCACUCUAGUCAUCCUAGUUAUUCUACCACCCCAGUAAUCCCUGUCAUUCUAGUCACCCCAGUCACCCCAGUCAUCCUAGUCAUGCUAGUCAUCCUUGUCAUCUAGUC